AUGGUCAAGCAGUUGGGUUCACCAACUAUCUUUUUCACUCUUAGUGCCGCGAAUUUGCAAUGGCCUGAACUCUAUGCCAUUCUUGAUCCGGAAAACAGAUUGGGAAGUCUGGAUCCCAUGGAAAGAAGGCGAGAAAGGGGAAUACUUUUGAAUGAAAACCCAUUAGUUGCUUCUUGGUUUUUGCAGAAGAGGGUAGAUGUUUUUUUCAAUGAAUAUUUGAAGAAUGAAUUUUGUGUAGUCGACUACUGGUAUAGAUAUGAAUGGCAUAACAGAGAAAGUGGGCACGUGCAUGGCUUCCUGUGGAUCAAGGAUAUACCGGUUUUCUCUAAUAUUGGGGCAGAUGAGGCAGUACGGAAGGCGAUGUGUGAUUACUUUGACAAGCUCGUAUGCACGACAAACCCCGAUCCAGCUUUCACAAUCAACAUACAAGACCAUCCGUGUGCAAAAAAGAUUCCUUUGGGAUCAAAUAUUGAAGAUGAUUACAUUGACGCUUCUCUUGUUAACUUUGUGAUGCGGCACACAAAAUGUGGAACUUAUUGCCUACGAAAAAGUAAAAUAACAAAGAAACAUGUUUGUUUUAAUAACCAUACAGCUAGAUACAUUACAGUAUUUGGAAAGAUUUUCAUUUCACACGGAUUGAAUUACAUUCCAAUUGACCAUACGUGCAGGCUUGUUGAUUCAGAUUUCCAAGAGAGAUGUCAGAUGUUUCUAGGAUUGUCGAGGAACCGCCGAACAGUAACAUGUAUAGAUUCGUUGGUCGGGGAAAUGACACACGAUGGUAAGUAUGCAGCAAAGUCUGAACCUGCUUCAAAUAACUACACUGAUACUUUGCGUGGGAUUGUGGAUGAUAAUCUUCGUCCUUGUCUCGAUUCCACAUAUGCAAUCAAGCGGUUGUUCAUGAAAAGUGCACCAGAGAGGGAUAUAUCCGCACAAGAAGUUUGUCACCUAUUGAUGGGUUGGCAUUUGACAGAAUCAUCAAGAAAGGUAGUGCUUCUGAACCUAAGUGAGACAAGAUUAUUCUCCUCGCAGCUGUGGUGGAAGCGACAUGUUGGCAGUGGCGAACACGGGUUAACCAAUCCUGCUUUCUUUAUAAGAUAUUUGGAAAGGCCUGAUCACUUACGCAAUAUGUCUCUGACAGAAGUAGCAAAGAUGCAUCACUUUGAUCGUGGAAGGUGGCAGAAAUACAAAGUCGAGUGUGUGGUCAAGAUCGUACCUGAAAUAAGAGGUAAAGUAACGCCCAACACGGAUCAGUUCGAAUCUUUUUGUAGACAACAAGUGUUGUUGAACAAUUGUUACAGAAGUGUGGAAGAAGCGAAAGGGGAUUUCCCGACAUGGGCAGAAUGUUAUGCCGAACUUCGUCGUGCCAAUGAAAAUGAGGAUGGGGAACUUUCCAUGGAUGAGGAUGAAUUCGAGGAAGAAAUUGAUCUAGGAGAUGAAACGUUAGAGAGGGAAUGGAUGGUCGCAUCAAGAAUGGCACCCAAUUUUGGGCCAGUAGUCGAUAUUGAUCUCGUCUUAAGGUCAAUUGACAAGAACCAUGAUUGGGAAGAAGGAUUUCGUAGUUUCCCUUUGACAGAGGAGGACAAAGCAUUCACCAGCAUAUUAGGAGAAGCAGGACAUGAGGUACAUUCAAGCACCGGUGCAGAUACUUGUCUUACUGUUUUGUCCGAUCAACAAAAGGCGGCUCUAAAUAUGGUUCAGAAAUCUCUCAAUGACGGUUUAAGCAUCUGUUUGAUUGUCAGUGGAGGAGCUGGCACAGGAAAAUCAACACUUAUUAACAUCAUUGCUCGUACAACGAGAGAGAUGUUCGGAAACGAUAUAGCUGCGAGGAUCAUGGCUCCCACUAGUGUAGCUGCUUUCAACAUUGGCGGUUCCACUAUUCACCAUGAACUUGCCAUAACGACCGAUAGGAAUCAAUCACACAAGAAGUUGGAGACGCAACGAUGCGGUCGUAUGCGGGUUGAUUUCGGUGGUACAAAGUUGAUAAUUAUAUAUGAGUAUAGUGUGAUUGGCAAAAGAAUGCUCGGAAACAUUGAUCUUGGAUGUAGAGAUAUUUUUGCAACUGAUGAGCCGUUUGAAAAAGUUUCGAUUGUGCUUGUUGGCGACAUCCGACAGCUUCCACCAGUCUUUGAUUCUCCGUUAUAUGCUCAAGGCGGGCGAGACCGAGACUUGGAACUGACAGGCUAUGCUGCAUACUCUGUGUUUGAGCAUUGUGUCCAUCUUAAAGAAGUCUUCCGACAAUCAGGAAUUGAAGAACAAUAA